CAGCUCCCCUGUUCAGCUCUGCGCAUCCGGCGCUCCAAAGGAGAGGCUGCCAGACGUGGCCCGCAAACAGCGCUCGAGGUCCCCCACACCGCAGGACCCGUGGGGCAGCCUCCUCGGGGGGCUCCAAGACAGUCCCUAGCACAGCAGCUCCAGCAGCCUCCCCCGGCGCGGGCCUUGGUUGGCGUUGCCGCCUUUCGACAUGGACGAAGACGAUGACGGCCCCCGCGUCAUCACUGAGCUCACCGGCGCGUCCUGGGCGCGCACCUGGUGGCAGCUCCUCUUCUCCCUGGUCCUCUACGCGAUAUUGAUCGUCCUCGUGAAGAUCAAGGAGCGAGUAAUACCACGAAAAAAACCGAGCAAGGCCCACCCCGAGACCUUUGCUGUGGAUGAAGCGUAUAAACACUUUAUUGCGGUGUGGGUCGGGGAUGAUGACACGGGCGACCUGCCGCAGAAGGAGCUGCUCCAGGACUUUCUGGCUUGUGGGCAGUUAAUAGGUUCAUUACUUUGUGUGGCCUGCUGGGUCGUCAAGGCGUAUCGGAUGGAGGUGCCGUAUUGUGUGCACGUCCUCGACUGCAUUUGCUGCUUUCUGUUUUUUGCUCAUACGGUCUUCGUGAUUCUGCGGAAGGGCGCCACGGCUACUGUACUAAGUGCACAUGUCCUGGUGGACUGUUUAACCAUACCAUGGUUAUGCUUACAAAAAACACCAUCAAUACGGGGGAGCAGCUGGCUCUCGCCGGGGUAUCUGAGGGUCUAUUUCGUCAUGAGUGGCACGUCCACGUUAGCUGGGUCAUCUAACCUAGAGUGGCUACCAGAAAUAGCGGUCAAGGGCGCCCAGACCGCCGUCGAGUUUCUGGGACUCAUAGUACUAUUAGCAGGGACGAUGUGGACGCUAGAACUCUUAGGCGAGACGUCCUUCGACGACGUCUACUUCGCGGCGGACAUGGGCGACAUUAGUUUUUAUCAGAUGGUCUACUUCACGUUCAUCACCAUGUCUACCGUGGGUUAUGGCGACUACUCACCAGUAACUGUACUAGGAAGAGCGUUCGUGUUCGUUCUCAUACUGGUUGGUGUCACGUUCUUCUCCUACGCUACGGUGCAAUUAGUAGAAUUACAAGGAUUACAGGCGUCGGGCAAGGGGCGGUAUCGGCUAUCGUCCGCAAGAGCUCGGAGGAACGGCCACGUCAUUGUGGCAGGGAGCGCCGCGCAGUGCGGCCAGCGCUUCGCCAUUGAGGCAUUCCUCAGAAAUCUCGUGGCGGACCACGAGAGCGCGCCGGAGGUCGUGAUACUGGCGCGGACGCCGUGCUCCGAGGAGGUCCAAUCGAUGUUGAGGGAGCCCUGGGCGAGACAUGUGUUCUACUUCAUCGGAUCCUUACUAAACUCCGAUGACUUGGAGAGAGUCUGCGCGACGAAAUCGAAGAUGACCUUCGUGCUCUGCAACAUCAACUCGAGCAAGCCCGACGAUGACGACGACGCGAAUAUACUCAGAGCAGCCACCUUCACGCGCCAGUGCCCGCGGGCUCCUUUAAGAUUAGUCGUUCUGCGCGUGAACAAGUUGAAAGUGGCGUCGAAUCUGGGCUUGCCCCGGUCCUGGUGCUUUGCGCUGAAUUCUCUCAAGACGUCGCUCGCCGCAACUAACUCAUUGUGCCCCGGCGUGUCUACAUUGGUACUCAAUUUGGUGUUGAGGAAUGUGGCACGGCCCCCACAUAUACGAGCGACGGACGUGCCGCCCUGGCUCGCGAGGUACAUGGCGUCGACCUGUUAUGCCAUGAGAGGAUUGAUGUUGGACCCGUCCUUCGCGGGCAAGACGUUCAGGGAGGCGGCUCUAGAGUGCGCCAAGGUCGGCGUGUUGCUAUUAGCGGUGCAAUCCCAAGAAACGGGGCAGAUCGUCCUCAACCCGUCGCGGAUGAAACUUGGACGCGAUACAGUGGCCUUUGGGAUCGAUGAUGGCGACGACGACUAUCUGGAGAUCGCGGACCCGAGGUGCGCCGACGGUCCCGAGGUCUGGGUCGAGGCCCUGCGGGAAUGUAGGCGGCGCACCGCCGCCAAGAGGAUUCAUAGAGUCGAGCAGCACACGCCGGCGAAGCAGGCCAACGCCGUCUUCCAGCGGCAGGCGUCUGGCUUACCAACGGAAGAGACGCGGCAGGCGUCUUCCUUGCCGGUCAUCGGCGCGCUGUCGUCGCUCAUGGAGGCCGAUCCAUCAGCGGACCGGAAGCGCCGGGCGGACAUCGAGGGGCGGCGCGACCUGCCCCGCUCUACCUCACCACAAGAGCAAGCGUCGGGCCUGGCGUCGCUGGCGAAGCAGGCGAAGCAGUUCAAGGCCACGUCGAGCAUCGGCGGACAUGUAAUAGAGGCCGAGCACUCCUACUUAACGCCGUUAGAAGUAGUAGAAGCCGGCGGCCACAUCGUCGUCGCGCUGCAGGGCGACUUCCUCUGGGCCCAGCUCACGUCGCUCUGCUCCGCUCUACGGAGCCGCACGAAGACCCCUAUUUUAGCGAUCGGCGACGUCGAGGCUCCAUCAGUCAUGUUCGACGGCGACGGCCGCGCGGUCCAGACCUCGGAUUUAUUCUUCGUGCGGGGCAACCUGCAGUCCGUGUCCUUUCUGGAAGAUGCGGGUCUACCGAGAGCGGAGUCGUUCGUGGCCCUCGGCGUCCUCGCCGCGGACAAUACCGAUGAAAUGAUGAUCGAUUUACCGCACGAUUUAUUGGCGGCCAUCGUCGAGAGCCAAUUGGGACGGUGGGGCCGGGCGCGCGACUUGCCGUUAGUGUACGACUUCUUCUCGUCAAAAAAUCUGGACCAACUGCCGCGGCGCGUCAAGGUCGAGGACGCGCCGGACGUCGGCGUGCGGGCCAAUUUGAGAUAUGUCGCCGGCGAGGUCCUGCCGCGGAACGAGGUGCUCGGAUCGUAUGCCAUUGCCUACUCGACGCCCGGGGCGUUGGAAGUCGUCGAUUCUCUCAUACAACCCUUCGCGACGGACCAGAAGGUGUGCCUGCUGGAUAUUUUAUUAAGACCGGAGCACGUGGGCAAGCCCUACGCCGAGGUCGCGGCGCUGGCCAUCGAGCGCGGCGCCGUGCCGCUCGGCACCGUCCGCGCGCCUAGUGAAGAGGACCCCGACCAGGAGGGUCCCGUGUCGUGUUCCGUGCUCAUGGGCCCGCUGGACACCGAGCCGAUCGGCCCCGGCGACCGCCUCGUCGUCUUGGCCUCUAUAGGCUGGGCGAAACAAAAUGCGGACGUGGGCGCGCCGCCUCGUUUCCCGGGCGACCACAAACCAUCCGUCUCGAUCUCGAUGCAGACCCAGGCCAAGCUCGCCGGCAAGCUCCUCGGCGCCGCGCGGCGGGCCAAGGCCAAGCUCGCCUCGGCCGCGCCUCCGAAGUCUCCGCCGAAGGUCGUCGACCUCCGCGUGACGGCCGAGCACUCGCCGACGGUGGACCCGUGGCCGGCGGACCGGCGGCCGUCGAUGGAGGAAUCGCCCGCACCGCUGUCGGACCCGGACCCCGUUCGCCUAAGCUCGAAAUAAGGU